AUUUCAACUACAUGUGGACAUAGGAAGGAUUUUUCUGAUCACACAUCAACGGAACCACAAUGUCUAACACAAAGGCUGUUAUUAAAAAUGCUGAUAUGGCAGAAGAUAUGCAACAGGACGCUAUCGAUGUGACGUCACAAGCUUUAGAGAAAUUCAACGUAGAAAAAGAUAUCGCAGCCUUCGUAAAGAAAGAAUUCGACAAAAAAUACAACCCAACAUGGCACUGUAUCGUAGGACGAAAUUUUGGAUCGUACGUCACCCAUGAAACGAAAAACUUCAUCUACUUUUAUUCGGGUCAAGUUGCAGUGUUAUUGUUCAAAUCUGGUUAAUUUUCAUUGUGUAACUCGUGUGUUUCGUAAAAUUCGAACAACGAAAUGAACUCAGCAAAUUAUUUAUACACAUUUAAGUUAUUAAUGUUGAUCUAAAUUUUGUUUGAUCUCUCUACACUAUUGCUAUAUUGAGCACCAUUUUAACAGUAAAAAUAUUUUGUGGAUACGAAAUUGAUGUGAUUAAGUCAAUAUACAAACUUCAUGUACCAGAUUAUUGUUACUGGGGCACUGGUGAUACCUGGGUAUUGUUACUGGGCCAUUAGUAUUUACCUUCCAGUUGUGGUAUCUGCCUAUUUAUAUAAACUGUGUCAUUGGUAGUAUCAUGGUAAAUGUUUCUGAGCCACUGCCGUUGGUUAUAACAGGUUAUUAAUUGUGCCGCUGGUUAUAACAGGAUAUUGUUACUGGAUCAGUUGCAGUGUUAUUGUUCAAAUUUGGUUAGUUUCAUUGUGUAUUACGAAAGUCAAAAUGACCAGCAGCUGGAACUCUUGAAGGAAUUUGACAUCAAUUUACACAUGUUAGCUUUUAAAUGUUAUUUUAAUUUGUUGUGUAAAGUUUUAUGUAUAUUGUGAUAUAAUUGUAUUUAUUAGUAUUACACUUUAUCAUUUUCAUUAAUAAAAUAUUGUAAAUCUAC